AUGUCGUUUGGGGGUUCUCAUCGCUCGGCGGGGUCCCUGUCCGCUAACCAGGCGCCUCCUUCGCCGUUUGCCAACAAGCUAAGGUUGGCGAAUCCCUCUGGUACACUUCUCCCACCCAUCCCCCCACCUGCGCCGCUUGGCUUACCUGAUAUGGAUACUAUCUCGCUCGAGAGUAACCGUUCAAAACCCCAGCCUAUUCCACCUCGUCGCUCGACGUCACCGUUACGUGGGACCUCGGCCUUUGACAGGAGUAUGGACCCAGAGAUUGAGGAUGAGGAGGAAACACCAUGGGGAGAGCGCCCAGCCAUCGCGUCGAGUCCAAUGUCUUCGUCUCCAGGCAUGAACCGCUUUGCGAGCUCGUUUGCCACGCGCGUCAACGCGCUGUUUGCCGACUCGCACCAGAACAAACCGCGAAUGAGCGAUGCUGAGAUUGAAGCCGAGGCAGAGCGGUCACGCGAAGCUUCGAGGCGAGAAGCCGAGAGAAUUUUAACGGAAGAGGCCGAGGCGAGGCGAAAGGUGGAAGAAGCAACACUUGCUCAACGGGCCAAGGAGCGGGAACAGCAGCAACGCAUAAUGGAACGGGCACAAUUGGGAAGACCUGUUACGCCUACCCGAGGGAUGAGUCUCUCGCCGGUGGCGUCGCCAAAGCGCGAAGGGACUAAAGAGGGAGAGAGUAGUUGGUGGGAAAUGGCUAAAUCCAAGUUGACGCCGACCAAGGAAAAGGACUUGACACCCUCCCAGCAGAUCGUGGCCGAGGCAAGGAAGCAGGAAAAGGAACGGGAAAAGGACAAGGGAAAGAAGAGUAUUGAUUGGCCUGCUACACCUGGAAUUCGUUCGACCGACCCCACUUUGCUUGCCAUGGCCGCUGCUUCUCGCUUGGCAGCUUCCCCGAUCAACGACAAUCAGUUCAUGUCUGGCACUUUGUCCUCUUCACCCGAACGACAACAGACCUACUCGCCCAAACCUAUCAUGCCUCACGAACAACUUGCUCGCGAAAUCGAGGCUCAAGGCGGAGGCCGUAUUAAUGGAGACUUUUUUGGAACCCGAUUGAGUACCGAUGGCGCUUAUAUGAGUACCCCUAGCAAGAGUUCCCUCCCCUUUGUCAGCCGUGCCACUCCCAGUCCUGCUCCUAGUCCACUUCAGCCCGCUCGCGCCCAGACAAGCCCUGAGCAAUUGGUCUAUCAAGUGCUGAAAGACAAGAAGUUUAGUCCUGUAGAAGAUAAAGACAAGGUCGCAGAGAGGGAAAAGGAAAAAGACCGGCGGACUGCCACAACUAUUACCACCACUACGACUAAUGAUGACGCUCCUCCGCUGUAUGCUCAGUUCACACCAGCAGGCGCGCUGGAUGUCGCUUUAACAUUGCUCACUGUCGCUCGCCGCUUUGAGAAACUCGAAAAAUGGACAGUGGGUCAUGUGCGUGCUCUUGAGGAGCGUAUGAAAGAUGUAGAGCGGUACUUGGUAGAUAAAGAAGCCAAGUCCGAUGCAGUAGGAAAGGAAAUUGCUGCUCUCAAAACGGGAAUUCAGGAUAUUAGGCGUAAUAUGGAAACUUUGCGCGAGUCUAUUCCUCCCCCAGCUCCACCGCCGCCACCACCUCAAGCUCAACCCCAGCCCCAACCCCAACCCUUCUUGAUCAACCCUCCCGCCACACCUGCCCGACGGGCCCAGCCAUCCGAUGCGGACUCGGCUCGUAUGCGGGCAAUGUCUUCCACAAGUGCAAGCUCUUAUGCAACCGCUCUGAGUGCGCUCAACGGAGAAUUGUCCAAUGCUGCCGCAGUUCGUACGUCUGUUAUUUCCCUUGGUUCUGUCGAAGAGGACGGUAUUGACGUGCGCCCGAGCGUUGCUGAAGUGGUUACUCCAAUGGCCGUUCGACAGCCAUUGCCUCCAGCGCCAUCUACGUCGGCGAGCACGUCUUCUUUUGGUUCGCCGUUGUCCGAGUCUGCUGGUCGAGCGUCGUUGACUUCCCCUCGUGCGUCCGGUUCGAGCUCUAGAGAUUUCAAGUCUGUGGUUCCCUCUGCCGCCAAGGACUUUACACCACCACCUCCUUUGGAUCGCGUUUCUUCAGCCAACGGAGGUCAGCCUCAGAGUCCACCUGGAGGACCGCGUUCUCGACUUCCUUAUCCUACUGGAGAUUAUACUGCCAACGGACAAUCUGUGUCACCUCUUUCAGCUACGGCGGCUCAGUUCCCUAUGCCCCCUGGCGCAUCCAACAGCACAUUAACACUUUCAGCAACUGCUCCGCUGUCAAUUGACAAAGAGAAACAAAAAGAAAGGGAUGAAACACCUCUUGGUCAGUCAUCACGUGGACAACGCGCCGAAUCUGUAUCCCCUACACCUCGCAAACGGUACACUGUCGCCCUCUCCGGUGGAGACGACAACCAACGACCUGCUUCUUUACCUACACAAACAGCCGUGUUUACCACCGCUCCACAUUCAGUGUCUUCUCCCUCCUCUUCUUCAGGUCGAAGUCGCUCCCAGUCUACGUACAGCACCGCGCCUCAACCACCACCUUCCCCAUCACCCGCUUCGGGCUCCAACAGGCUACGAAGAGCAGUCAGCUCGAGUACUGACGGUGGGUUGGCGUCUGUCUAUGCUCAAACGGAAGAUUGGGAAGACGUGCGAGGGAAGGUCCUUACACCUCGUUUGGGAGAACCUAAGUUCGUAGAUCCGUUAGUGAUUAGACGAAAGGGUGCCGCUGGGAAGGAUGCGGGUAGUAAACCUUUGCCAGGUGCUGGACGUGGUAAGGUUCCGAUUUCACAGUUGGUUAAGUUUUUCGAUGGAGACAAGUAG